CUUUGAGAGCAUCUGCAAACAUUCCUGUACAUGAGUUCUACAGCCCUACACAACAGAAAUACAUGUCAAUUAUACAAGCAAAGUUGAUAAAAAAAAGACUUCUUUGUGAAAAGAGAUAAAGAAAUACUUCAAAAAUCCAGACCUCAGCCCCAGUAGGACUGUGUAGAAAACUGCACAAUAAUAUCAUCUUUCAAUCAUUGAUGAACUGAAACUUUGCUGUGGGACAGAAUUCUUCCAAUAUGACAGCCAAUCCGAACGUGACGUCUGAUAAUUGGAAGCAUAAGAUCUUUCUGGCUAUUACAUUCCUAACCAUCAUGUUCAUAAGUGUCUUAACACAUCACCAUUUCACACAGAUAUCACCUGCAAAAGUUUAUUUAUCUGAAUUGACCACGAAACCAGAUGUAAAGUCCAUAAGAAGAAUUACCCUAUUCGAAGAUGAGCUUCUUAUCCUCAACAAGGUAUCUCAAAUGAUCCAAACGGCGACCCUGAACCAUACAAAUUUUGCAUCAAGUGCUAAGAUGAGCAGAGCCACUAUUAUAAACCCAAGAAAGAAGUACUGCAUUGGAGACAAGUUAAUUAUUCAAAUUGAUAUGUUUGAUUACUUGGGUAAUAGGAAGACGUAUGGAGGUGACUUCAUAAAACCUAGAAUAUUUAACUCCAAAAUGAAUGCCGGAGCUUCGGGAGUAGUUGAAGACUUUAACAAUGGAACAUAUCACGUCAACUUUACUUUAUUUUGGGAAGGAAAAAUCUAUAUUUCUUUGAUACUUUACCAUUCUAGUGAGGCGGUUUCAGCUCUAUGGAGAGCCAGGGACAACGACUAUGACCUCAUAAACUUCGUAGGAACAUUUGUGAACAGAAGCCAGUCCGUUAAAAGUGAAUGUGGGUUCAAGGUAGAUUUGACAAAAGAAGUAUGUGAAUAUGGAUCCAUAAAAGACUCUGAGUCAUUUUAUUGCAUCAAACAGGACAAUUUCCCCUGUGGUUCUCUAAGUAUUCUCCAGUCUUUCAACAGAGCCAUUAGCUUCCUUAGAAACAUGGAGAAGCCGUUGUUUAACAGGGAAAAUGUAUCCAUUAAUAUUCAAGGAGAUUUUGAUUACAUUGAUGUAUCCACAUGUACAGAUCCAGCUCCAUCUAACUUAAGCACCUGUAGAAUUGGGAUGAAAUCUCCAUUUCCCAGUGGUUUUGCAUUCCAAAAUAAGUGGCAACCUGUCUUCUGUAAUAUCUCUGACUUUAGCACCGAAGAUAAGAUUUAUGCUUGUUUACAGAAUAAGCUGAUCUAUUUUUUGGGAGACUCAACAGUGCGACAAUGGUUUGAAUAUUUGGUAAACACACUAAAAGAAUUCAAGAACUUUAAUCUCUACCGUGCUGGUCUACCUUCAAAACAUUUUGCAGCACAUGAUAAAAGGAAUACAUUGCUGUUCUUUAAGAAGCAUAGUCACCCCUUUGUUGCAUCACAUUUCUAUGUCAUUAAAGAUGACUUUUACAUGAGUGAUGAAAUUGAUCACUUAGAAGGAGGUCCACACCAUGUGCUCGUCCUCUCACUUGGUCAACACUUCAGGCCCUUCCCAAUUCAGCUCUUCAUCAGGAGAGUUUUCAAUGUGCACAGAGCUGUGGAAAGACUCUUCUUAAGGAGUCCAGAUACAAAGGUCAUCAUCAAAGCUGAGAACACCCGAGAAAUCCGGGAUGCAGAGAGAUUGAGUGACUUUCACGGCUACAUCCAAUACCUGAUUGUAAAGGAAGUCUUCAAAGAUCUUCCGGUUGCUACAGUUGAUGCAUGGGAUAUGACAAUUGCCUUCAAUACAGAUAACGUCCAUCCACCGAUGACUGUAGUCAGGAACCAGAUAUACAUGUUCUUGUCAUAUAUUUGUUCUUAACAUAUUUAAAGGGCAUCUGUCUAUGAA